AUGAGCGAGAAAACCGGCGCGAAAACGCAACUGGGUGCAGGCACGCCCGAAUUCGGAGCGCUGGAGUACGAACUUCAGCUGGCCCUCCGCGCCAGCAGCGCCCGGAUAGUUGCGGCUCAUGCUUUGUCGAACCCGCAUAUCAACUUGCAAUUCGAGAAGCGAUGUCAGGGAUCCCUCAUUUUGCCCGCAUGGAUCGAUGCCUCCCGCUUGACUGGGGUCAACACCGAGGAAGAGGUUAUCCGCCGAGGGUUUCAGUUUCCCCCAGCGCAGCAUGGACUGAAGGUCACAAUUGGGUCCAUCAGCGGGUCGAUUGGGAACGGGUCGCAUCUGCCGGGCGGGAAACCACAAGAGCGGAAGCCAGAAGGAAGGACGUUGAGGAAGGCCCUCCUAUGUCGAGUAGGCAUCGGCCGCGCGUUCGUUACGGACGAAGCGACUGCAGAGGCGAAUCCGGUGCCGGAAGGAUAUGACAGCUUCUACCUGCAAGAUGCGACACCGAAGGAAGCGAAGCAGCCCUCCAACCCGUAUCUUCACGAAUACUAUAUUCGAGAAACAGCUCAGGUUCUACCAGUGUAUCUCGUACAUUACGAAUAUGAUCUCAACAAGGAGCGCAAAGCCCGCGAGAAAGCAAAGUGCGAUAACUGCGAAGAGGAGCACGCUACCGUCUUUUGCAACGCCGACGCAGCGAAUCUGUGCAACAAAUGCGAUUCGCAACUACACGUGUCGAAGCUUGCGAGUCGCCAUGUUCGGACGCCAAUAGGGAAGGGCUCCGAUGUAUUCGGCCACUGCCGGCACCACCCCGACAAAUUGAUCGAGUUCUUCUGCUCCCAAUGCCACAUACCCGUCUGCGUGUUUUGCAAAAUGGUGGGAAACCAUGCGAACGGUGAGGCAUCGCGGCAUCAACUCGUUAGCGUUGCGGAGGCGUACACGUCGGUUUUGCAGGAAGCGCAGACGCACGACCCGAUCCUGCAAACCCGCCGAUCCGAGAUCACGAACCAAAUCGCAGCCGUCAACUCGCGGGCGAAAGCGGUCGAGAAAAUGGGUGCACAGAUCGAAACGCAGAUCGAAGAGAUGUAUAGAUGCGCCAUGGCGGAUUGUAAAAAGAUAGUGAAGAACAAGCUCACAGUCCUCCUCGGCGACGAACUGGAGCUCCAACGUCAACUCGGUGAGAUCGAGCGCUUGGAAGACUUCCUGAAGUACCAGCAAGAAGGCGACGCCACAACGUUCUUGUUCAACUGGUCCAAGCAUCAGCAAUGUCGCUCCGAACUGCACGAUUUCCGGUUCUUUAGGAAUCAGAUUGAUGUUCAGUUGGAUGCAAAGGUCACCGGCUCCAUCAGCGUUAUCAUCGACCACGACCGAACCACCAUAUCUGCCGGUUCCAGUCCGAAGAAGCUCGGGAAACAUGCUAACACUAUCGGACCGGGUGGAAUGGCUGGACUAGGCAUGGGAGCGCCUCGCGCAGCAGCGAAACAGGAGCGGAAAUCGCAUAGACGCAUCUCGGACUUUUUCGCGGAAACGUUGGGUACAUUUGACCAGAUGACUGCGGGAGCGCCCCCCCGCAGGCAUGAUGAGGAAGAGGAUCGGUAUUCAGUCAUGUCGAGCGCGGCUGAAACGUAUUGA